CUUCCCUCCCUCCCUCCCUCCCUCUCUCUGAUCUCUGUCAGUGUGUGUUUAUGCGUGUGCAUCCAUAUAUAUGAUACCAACUUAUCGCUGUUCACCAGCUGUGUCUUCUUCCAUGUCUCAUCAAAGCCAUAUUCAACCCUCUUCUUCAUCUUCUUAUCCUCCUGAUGACCCCCAUCAUGAUCAGUCACUGAAUCGCUUGCAAACUUCUUAUCACCAGGAUAUGAUCCCAGAUGCAGACCAGUGGAAGAAAGAGGAUAAGAAUGAUCAAGUUAAGGAAGGAUCAAGCAAGUGGAAGCCUUCAAAGAUGAGAAUGAUGGUUCGGGAACAAAGUAAGCAGAGGUUUGAAGAUCAUCAUCAUCAUCAGAAGCCCUUAUCAUCAUCAUCAUUAUCCUCAUCAACUGACCAUAAUAACAUGUGCAAUAGAGCUUGUUCCUCGGAUCAAACGUCUCAUAUCGGUGUUAGGGUUUGUGCUGAUUGCCAGACCACUAAGACCCCUCUCUGGAGGAGCGGACCAACAGGCCCUAAGUCACUUUGCAACGCGUGUGGAAUUCGGCAAAGGAAGGCGAGGCGUGCCAUGGCGGCGGCGGCGGCUUCUGCUCCGGUGAGGGAAAACAAGGUACAGAAGAAACAGGAGAAGAAGCCACUGUUGAAGAAGAAGAAGAAGAAGAAGCGAAAGCUUGGAGUAGUGAAGGCAUGUGGAGGUAGAAAGAAGCCUGUUUUGGAGGAUUUUGCUACGAGGUUGAGCAAGAGCUUGUCUGCGCAACAAGUUCUAUUCCCUCAGGACGAGAAGGAAGCUGCUAUUCUGCUCAUGGCUUUAUCUUGUGGUCUUGUUCGUGGAUAAGGUUUCUCGCUAUGCUGAAUUAUUUUCUCAUCAUUGUCUUUUUUUUCCUUGUUUUGUCUUAUUGGUGGGAUUAUUACAAUCAUUAAGUAUGUUGUUAUGUGAGUGUUUGCGGUCUCUAUUUUUUGGGAGCUCCCAGUAGAGGAUGCGGUGAAAUUAUAUAUACAGGAAGUGGAAUUAGGGGGAAGAGAUAAGAGAGGACAAUAAAGUUGUGGUGGGUGAUGCUGUGAGCAGCGUACCAUACUGCCGUACUUUAACUCAUGAACAAGAAAAAACAGAUGGUAUCUAUGUCUUUUUGACAACGUAUUUUUUCUUUAUAUUGUUGAAUUCAAUAAAACUGAUGGUGUCUAGGCAGGCCUUUUCGAUAAUGUAUUUUCUCUUUAUUUUGAU